GAUGUUUUAGUCCUUAUGACCCUAUGUAGCCUUGUUCUCCCUUUACAGACUGUAGUUACUCACCCUCACCAACCACCACUCUCCACCUGCCAAACCGCCAUGUUUAACGGAAUUUUCCUCUCAACCCUAGAAAACCAAAUAAUUAAAAAAAAAAAACCCCACGCAGUACACCCUUCUCUUUCUCCUCCUGUCUUAAUUUUCCUCACAAAUCUCAAUCUAGGGUUUUGAAAUCUCCUCCAUUUCUCUCUCUCUCUCUCUCUCUCUCUCUCUCUCUCUCCCCCCCAGUCUUCAAGUCUUAAGCUUUGUCAAAUGAAUGAUUAGGGUUUUUCUGGGUACAAUGAACAAUCUCACUCUCUCUCUCUACUUCUUCUUCCUUGUAAUCCUCUCCGCUUCCUCCGCCUCCGACUCGGAGCUCCGAUCCCUUUACGAAUUCAAGAAAGGGAUCCAAACCGACCCGCUCCGGAAAGUCCUUGACUCAUGGACCCUCAGCUCUCUCUCCAACACUCACUCUUGUCCUCCCUGGACCGGCGUUUUCUGCGACACCACCGGCAAUGUCGUUGCCUUAGCUCUCGACCAUCUUGCCCUCGGCGGCGAGCUCAAGUUCAACACUCUCACUGGACUCACUGCAUUGCAAAACCUCACCCUUUCUAACAACGACUUCACGGGUCGGGUCCCGCCGAUUCUCGGCACAAUGUCAUCUCUCCAGCACCUGGAUCUGUCUGGGAACCGCUUCUACGGCCCGAUCCCGGCUCGGAUAUACGACUUGUGGGACUUGAAUUAUCUCAACCUGUCUGCCAAUCACUUCAAAGGCGGGUUUCCGGAUCGGUUGUGGAAUCUCAAUCAGCUCAAAGUGUUGGAUUUGCAUUCCAAUCAGCUGUGGGGCGACAUUGCUGAUUUGUUCUCGCGAUUGCACAAUGUGGAAUACGUUGACUUGAGCAGGAACGAGUUUUUCGGAGGGCUUUCGCUUGCUUCGGAGAAUGUUUCGAGCUUAUCCAACACAGUGCGGUACUUGAACUUGAGCUACAAUAAGCUUGCUGGUGGGUUUUUUAAGUCUGAUUCAAUUGGGUUGUUUAGGAACUUGCAAGUUUUGGAUUUAGGUGGUAACCAUAUCACAGGGAAGCUCCCUUCAUUUGGGUUGUUACCGAAUUUGCGGGUCUUGAGGCUCGGGAGUAAUCAGUUGUUUGGGGAAAUACCGGAGGAGUUGUUUGAGAGUUCCAUGGCAGUGGAGGAAUUGGAUCUUAGUGGCAAUGCUUUCACAGGUUCCAUUCAUGGAAUUAACUCUACAACUUUGAAAGUCUUGAAUCUUUCGUCAAAUGGUUUGUCUGGCACAUUGCAGAACGUGGAUAUGAGGAGUUGUGUAGUGGUGGAUCUCAGUGGAAAUAAGAUCUCAGGUGACAUAUCCAUUGUGCAGGAUUUGGGGGCUGCUUUAGAAUUGCUUGAUUUGAGUUCAAAUAAGUUUUAUGGAAGCUUUCCAUACUUGACAUCACAGUUUGAGAAAUUAAGUACGCUUAGUCUCAGAGAUAAUUUAUUAGUUGGUCCUUUACCUUCAAUCUUGAAGGCCUGUCCUAGACUCUCGACAGUUGACUUGAGCCUAAAUGAUUUCAGUGGGUCCAUUCCUGGAAGUUUCCUCUCUUCAACGACCCUAAAGAGACUGAAUCUUUCAGGGAAUCAUUUAAUUGGGUCAAUUCCUCUUGAAGGCGCACAUGUAAAGGAAUUGUUAUCUCUACCUCCAAAUUUGCCGAUUGAGAGUCUUGAUCUCUCCAGUAAUACUUUAUCUGGCAGCCUGCCUCGAGACUUAGGUAACAUGGUGGAACUCAAAUUGCUAAACCUUGCAAAGAAUGGCUUUUCAGGAGAGCUGCCGAGUGAACUGAGCAAACUUAGUAAAUUGGAGUACCUUGAUUUAUCAGACAACAAAUUCGAAGGUGGAAUUCCUGAGAAGCUUCCAUCCAGCCUAAGUGUAUUUAAUGUUUCCAAUAAUGAUCUAUCAGGUUCUGUUCCCCAAAAUUUAAAACACUUCCCUACAAGUUCAUUUCGUCCUGGAAAUGACAUGCUAAACUUACAAGAGAAUGGUCAGGCAACAACUUCAGUUCCGGGUCAUAUUUCGGAUCAAGGGAAAAAUCAUAGUUCAAAAGGUCAUAUCAGAGUAGCAAUCAUUGUUGCUUCAGUUGGAGUUGCCUUGAUGAUAAUCUUUGCUUUUUUGGCUUAUCACCAAACACAUAUCAAAGAAUUUAGCGGAAGAAGUGGGUUUGGUGGCCAAGAUACAGGGAGAGAUGUUAAGAUAGGAAGAUUUACACGGCCUUCACUUUUCAAUUUUCAUACAAAUGUUCAGCCUCCACCAAGUGCAUUGAGUUUUUCCAAUGAUCACUUGCUUACUUCACAAUCAAAGUCAUUAUCAGGGCAGACGGAAUUUGUAACUGAAAUUGGUGAGCAUGCUUUACAUGGGCAAACAGCAACUAGUUCUGCACCUACAAAUCUUCUAGAUAAUUAUCCUACAACAUCAGGAAGGAAGUCCUCCCCUGGUUCUCCUCUCUCUCCUUCACCUCGUUUUAUGGAGACACGUGAACAACCUGUGAUAUUGGAUGUAUACUCACCAGAUCGGUUGGCUGGUGAACUGUUUUUCCUGGAUUCUUCUUUGCAGUUUACUGCUGAACAAUUAUCUCGAGCUCCUGCAGAAGUUCUAGGCAGAAGCAGCCACGGAACUCUUUACAAAGCUACUCUAGAUAGUGGACAUAUGUUGACUGUGAAGUGGUUACGAGUGGGACUUGUCAAACACAAGAAAGAGUUUGCCAAGGAAGUUAAAAGAAUUGGCUGUAUAAGGCAUGAUAACAUUGUUCCAUUACGAGCAUACUACUGGGGGCCCAGGGAACAAGAGAGGCUUCUUUUGGCAGACUAUGUCCAGGGAGACAGCUUGGCCCUACAUCUGUACGAGACCACACCUCGAAGGUACUCUCGAUUAUCGUUCAAGCAGAGGCUAAAGGUUGCUGUGGAGGUCGCUCAGUGUUUGCUUUACCUACACGAUAGAGGCCUGCCCCACGGGAACCUAAAGCCAAGUAAUGUGCUACUGGCAGGUCCUGAUUACAGUGCUCACCUAACUGAUUAUAGUCUUCACCGUCUGAUGACACCAGCUGGUAUCGCGGAACAGAUUUUAACUAUGGGAGCACUUGGAUACCGUGCUCCAGAGCUUGUCACCGCAACCAAACCAGUCCCUUCUUUCAAAGCUGAUGUGUAUGCUUUUGGGGUGAUUUUGAUGGAAUUGUUAACCAGAAGAAGCGCAGGAGACAUUAUAUCGGGACAGUCGGGGGCGGUUGACCUCACAGACUGGGUUCGGCUUUGUGAUCGAGAAGGACGAGGAAUGGAUUGCAUUGACAGAGACAUUGCUGGUGGGGAAGAACCCUCAAAAGCAAUGGAUGAAUUGCUAGCAAUAUCGCUCAGGUGUAUUCUACCUGUAAAUGAGAGGCCUAACAUCAGACAAGUCUUUGAGGAUGUCAAUUCUAUAUCCAGUUGAAGUUUUUGUACAUGCGUCUUGGAAUUAGCCUUUUUUUUUUUUUUGUGUUCCUUGACCCCUUUUGUUUUCGGUUUUUUAUUUUUUUCACCCCUUUAUUAUUUUUUCCUCCUUAAUUGGUUUCUAGCCUUUUGACUUUGGGCUAUUAUUAAUUGUCACAUUUUUUCCUGUGAAAUUUUUCUUGUAAAGGGAUAUUUAACCUAUCCAUUUAUCACUUGAUCGUGUUUUGAUUUUGAUAUUUAAUUGACAAAUUCUUUUGUGUUGUCA